AUGAUGCUUUCACAACGACUUUCUUAUUUUAAAUUUCAUUCUCUUAUUAAUUAUCCUUGUGCUUUUUUUUCAUUAUCAUCAUCUCAUGAUGCAGCUAAACCAACAACACCUGUUGAUCCAGCUGCUCCAACAGCACAAUCAGCUCAAUUAGCACAUAAUAAAACGAAAACUUCAUUAAGAGGUACACCAUAUAAUGUCACAGAUAUUGAAACAUCUCUUCGUUAUAUGGAAAGUGAUGCAUAUAAAACUGUUUAUGGUAAUGAACCUGUAUGGAAAAAUUAUGUUAGAAAUCGAAUAAAUCAACGUUUUCCUCAUUAUACACGUGAUUUUUGUGUUGAAGAAGGUGUUUAUAUACGUGGAAAUCCAUGUCCAGUAUGUCGUGAUGAAUAUCUUUUACUUGAUUAUCGUAAUAUAAAACUUUUAAAACAAUUUGUUCAUGAUCAUACAGGCGAAAUUGAACCUGUAUUAAAAACUUCUAUAUGUCAAGCACAAUUAAGAAAUCUUCGAGUUGCAUUAUGUAAAGCUUAUGAUUUAGGUUUAAUGACAUAUGAAAUACCUUUUCGAGCAUAUGAUUAUCGAGAUUAUUAUCCAGAAUUACGUGAUGAAAAAGAUCGUACACCAUCACUUUUAAUGACAAUACUUCAUACAAUACAAGAUCAAAAAUUAACAAAUCUUGAUCAACUAACAUUAACUGAUGAACAACUUCAUGCGACAUAA